AUGAUCACCAUCCUGGCAAACUGUGUGUUCAUGACCAUGAGUGACCCACCACCCUGGUCCAAAAACGUGGAGUACACCUUUACAGGAAUCUACACCUUUGAGUCCCUCAUCAAGAUACUUGCCCGAGGCUUCUGCAUUGAUGACUUCACAUUCCUCCGGGACCCCUGGAACUGGCUAGACUUCAGUGUCAUCAUGAUGGCGUACCUGACAGAGUUUGUGGACAUGGGCAACAUCUCAGCCCUGAGGACCUUCCGUGUGCUUCGAGCCCUGAAGACUAUAACAGUCAUUCCAGGACUGAAGACAAUUGUAGGGGCACUGAUCCAGUCGGUGAAGAAGCUGUCGGAUGUGAUGAUUCUCACAGUCUUUUGCCUGAGUGUCUUCGCCUUAGUUGGGCUCCAGCUCUUCAUGGGGAAUCUGAGGCAAAAGUGUGUGAAAUGGCCACCCCCCUUCAGUGGCAUCAAUGAGACUUGGUAUGACAAUGGGACGGCCUUGUUCAGCAAUGAGACAGGUUUUGGUAACAACACAGAAUACAGCAACUUUACCUUUGACUGGGAUGCCUACAUCAAUGAUGAAGGGAACUUCUAUUUCCUGGAGGGUGCCCUUGAUGCCUUGCUCUGUGGAAACAGCAGCGAUGCAGGGCACUGUCCUGAGGGCUACGAGUGCAUGAAGGCAGGCAGGAAUCCCAACUAUGGUUACACCAGUUAUGACACCUUCAGCUGGGCCUUCCUUGCCCUCUUCCGACUCAUGACACAAGACUAUUGGGAGAACCUCUUCCAGCUG